AUGUCCCUGUUCUUCCCUCGAUGCAACUCCGUUGUCACCGUCAAGAAGGAUAAGAGACACAUGGCGGAGGUGAAUGCUUCUCCCCUCAAGCACUUUGUCACCGCCAAGAAGAAGAUCAAUGGCAUCUUUGAGCAGCUGGGGGCCUACAUCCAAGAGAGCGCCACCUUCCUGGAAGACACCCACAGGAAUGCAGAGCUGGACCCCGUUACGACAGAAGAGCAGGUUCUGGACGUCAAAGGCUACCUGUCCAAAGUGCGGGGCAUCAGCGAGGUGCUGGCCCGGAGGCACAUGAAAGUGGCUUUCUUUGGCCGGACGAGCAACGGGAAGAGCACCGUGAUCAAUGCCAUGCUCUGGGACAAAGUUCUGCCCUCCGGGAUCGGCCACACCACCAACUGCUUCCUGCGGGUGGAGGGCACAGAUGGCCACGAGGCCUUCCUCCUCACGGAGGGCUCGGAGGAGAAGAGGAGCAUCAAGACGGUGAACCAGCUGGCGCAUGCCCUCCACCAGGAUGAGCAGCUGCAUGCUGGCAGCCUGGUGAGUGUGAUGUGGCCCAACUCCAAGUGCCCGCUGCUGAAGGAUGACCUCGUGCUGAUGGACAGCCCUGGCAUCGAUGUCACCACAGAGCUGGACAGCUGGAUUGACAAGUUUUGCCUGGACGCUGAUGUGUUUGUGCUGGUGGCCAACUCGGAGUCUACCCUGAUGCAGACGGAAAAGCAAUUCUUCCACAAGGUGAGCGAGCGCCUGUCCCGCCCCAACAUCUUCAUUCUGAACAACCGCUGGGAUGCGUCUGCCUCAGAGCCCGAGUACAUGGAGGAGGUGCGGCGGCAGCACAUGGAGCGCUGCACCAGCUUCCUGGUGGAUGAGCUGGGCGUGGUGGAUCGGGGCCAGGCCGGAGACCGCAUCUUCUUCGUGUCUGCCAAGGAGGCGCUCAACGCCAGGAUCCAGAAGGCCCAGGGCAUGCCCGAAGGAGGGGGCGCUCUUGCAGAAGGCUUUCAAGUGAGGAUGCUCGAGUUUCAGAAUUUUGAGAGGAGGUUUGAGGAGUGCAUCUCCCAGUCCGCAGUGAAGACCAAAUUUGAGCAGCACACGGUCCGGGCCAAGCAGAUUGCGGAGGCAGUUCGCCUCAUCAUGGACUCUCUGCACAUCGCGGCUCAGGAGCAGCGGGUUUACUGCCUGGAAAUGCGCGAGGAGCGGCAGGAGCGGCUGACGUUUAUUGACAAACAGUUGGAGCUCUUGGCACAGGACUACAAACUGCGGAUCAAGCAGAUCACGGAGGAAGUCGAAAGGCAGGUGUCGACGGCGAUGGCCGAGGAGAUCAGGCGCCUCUCCGUGCUGGUGGACGAGUACCAGAUGGAUUUCCACCCUUCUCCCGUCGUCCUCAAGGUUUAUAAGAAUGAGCUGCACCGCCACAUAGAGGAGGGCCUGGGCCGAAACAUGUCGGACCGCUGCUCCACGGCCAUCACGGGCUCCCUGCAGACCAUGCAGCAGGAGAUGAUCGACGGCCUGAAGCCCCUCCUCCCUGCGUCCGUGCGGAGUCAGAUGGACAUGCUGGUCCCUCGGCAGUGCUUCUCCCUCAGCUACGACCUCAACUGUGACAAGCUGUGUGCUGACUUUCAGGAGGACAUCGAGUUCCAUUUCUCUCUCGGGUGGACCAUGCUGGUGAACAGGUUCCUGGGCCCCAAGAACAGCCGCCGGGCCUUGAUGGGCUACAAUGACCAGGUUCAGCGUCCCAUCCCUCUGACGCCAGCCAACCCCAGCAUGCCCCCCCUGCCUCAGGGCUCCCUCGCCCAAGAAGAACUCAUGGUUUCCAUGGUCACCGGCCUGGCCUCCCUGACGUCCAGGACCUCCAUGGGCAUCCUGGUUGUUGGAGGAGUGGUGUGGAAGGCGGUGGGCUGGCGGCUCAUCGCCCUGUCUUUCGGACUCUACGGCCUCCUCUAUGUCUACGAGCGUCUGACCUGGACCACCAAGGCCAAGGAGAGGGCCUUCAAGCGCCAGUUCGUGGAGUAUGCCAGCGAGAAGCUGCAGCUCAUCAUCAGCUACACCGGCUCCAACUGCAGCCACCAAGUCCAGCAGGAACUGUCUGGGACGUUUGCUCAUUUGUGCCAGCAAGUGGAUGUCACCCGGGAGAACCUAGAGCAGGAGAUUGCUGCCAUGAACCAGAAAAUCGAGGUUCUGGUUUCACUUCAGAGCAAAGCCAAGCUGCUCAGGAAUAAAGGUGGCUGGAUGGACAGUGAACUCAACAUGUUCAUGCACCAGUACCUGCAGCCCAGCAGAUAG